UACCAAAAAUAAAAAUGAUUCAUUGAGUUUUUACUACUAUUUAUAGUGAUUUUCUGCAUUAUUCUAGGCAGUUCACCAGUCUUUCAGCUGCACAAGUUUUCCAAGUGGAAGAUGGCACAAAAUGGGUUCAACUCUGACAUUAAUAAACACAAAAACAAUCUCGAUGUUGGCACAGAUAAAGAAAAGGUAUUACUAGAGCCAUUCCAUUACAUAUCCCAGAUUCCUGGUAAACAGAUACGCACAAAGCUUUCAAAGGCAUUCAACUAUUGGUUAAAAAUUCCCGAUGAUAAACUUCUUGCCAUUGCUGAAGUAACACAGAUGUUACAUAAUGCUAGUCUAUUGAUUGAUGAUAUUGAAGACAAUUCAGUUCUUAGAAGGGGUAUUCCAGUGGCCCAUCAUAUAUAUGGCAUUCCUCAUACCAUAAACACAGCUAACUAUGUAUACUUCAUAGCUUUAGACAAAGUACAGCAACUUGGUCAUCAAGAUGCUACCAAAGUAUUUACAGAGCAAUUAUUAGAGCUACAUCGGGGUCAGGGUAUGGAUAUAUACUGGAGGGAUGCUUACACAUGCCCCACAGAAGAAGAGUACAAGAGAAUGGUUUUACAAAAAACUGGUGGUUUAUUCGGCCUGGCAGUUAGAUUGAUGCAGCUCUUUAGUCAGAAUAAAAGCAACCUAAAACCUUUAUUGGACAGUCUAGGUCUUUAUUUCCAAAUAAGAGAUGACUUUGCCAACCUAUACUCAAAGGAGUAUGAGGCAAACAAAAGUUACUGUGAAGACCUAACUGAAGGCAAAUUUUCAUUCCCAAUAGUCCAUGCAGUCCAGCAGUUCCCAGAGGAUAACACUGUUAUGAGUAUUCUACGUCAAAGGCCCACUGAUAAUGAUGUUAAAAAAUAUUGUGUUGAGCACAUGAAAAAUCUGGGCAGCUUUAAGUACACUCAACAAGUCCUUGUGGAACUUGAACAAAAGUUGCUGGUUCAGAUCUCAGAGCAAGGAGGGAACCCCAUGUUGGAGGCAGUAAUAGGUGAACUAAGGGGUCUCUAUAUAGACCCUGACAUAUAACAAUCAACAAUGCUGCAUACAUGCACAAGGCACACCAGUUUAUACACAUACAGUAAAACCUGCAAUAACUGAUACACAAGCCAGUGUAGGAGAUGUGGACCUAUUUGGAUAAUGCCUGUAUUAAUGAAGACGGGUCAUUAUACAGGAAAGUGCCAUAAAAUGAAAAUAUGGAAGGAGGUUGUAACUCCAAAGGAUGUCCAUGCUUUCUCAGAUGGACCAAGAUGCCGACCAGUGAUCCCUAAAAAAAUCUGACUUCACUGACAUGGUUCUAGUGAUAAGAUGACUGAUAGUCGAAUCACAUCAAGCCAGGUAUCCCUGUUUAAACAGACUAUAAUUUACUAUACACAUGGUUGUUGCUUUAUACAAAAAUAUCAGAAGCUAAAUAGUUGUGUUCAACAGGUGGACAGAUUGAUGGAGCAAUGAUAUAUAAUGGUAGUAUAGCAACUGAAUAUGAUAACAGUUCAGUUCUACAGGUUUUACUCUAUGGGGAAGAGAAUUGUUGUAUUUAUGAAAGAAAGAGCAGAUCUGAAUUUCCAAUUAUUCAUUUAUUUGUGGUCGAUGUGAAAUGUGCAAUAUAUAUAUGCCUGGUGAGGUUUCUGUAGUAUGAAACUGACCCAUAUUGAGUAUGUGGUUGAGUGUGGAGACAUUUUGAUAAUGGUUGUUGUACCAUAUGAGUCAGUGGGUAUCUUUCCUUGGUAUUACUGGAGAUCCCACACACAAGACAAUGCUUUAUGAUACACACUGAAAAUUACAUGUGCUGUUGAGUCACUAAAUGUUGUAUAUUGUUGUUACUUUACCUCAUUAGUAGCUCAUUAGUAAAAAUUUGUUAAUUAGAUUUAAAGGUGUCAAUAUUAGAUGGCAAACUAAAAAAUCAAAAUCAUAGAAAUAAUUUCUGGUCUUCAACAAUGUCAAAAGCUUUACUGAAAUCUUCAUUAAUGGUAUUCAGAGAAAAAUGGCUUUGUGGCAGUUCAUAUAACAGAAUCAAAAAGCACAAAGUAAGUUAAUUGCUCAUUUUGCUUAAAAAUAGUUAAUUUUAUGGUGUCACUUUAAGAGGGUUUUACCCCAGAGUUGAAGCACAGUUUUCAACUUUCCAGGCAGGAAAACAGUUUUAAGUGGUGUCCCUAAAAAGCAUGUACUUUAAUUAUGCAAAUACAGACCCAUACCUCUGCAUUAUAUCAGGUUUAUGCGAAGGUUUAGAUGGGAAAAAUAUGGCAGUUUGGCCUCUUCCUUUUUGUAUAAAUUAUAAUGAUAUCUUAAUUCCAGUAUAAAAAUACUAAUUUGUAAUUGACAAUUUAUUGUGAAUUAAUUCAUUUUGCCUCAACUAUGGGUCAAACCAACCUUUACUUUGUCAAUGAAUAAUUUAGAGAUUUUUGUUUGUAAGAUGUCAUUCAUAUGUCAAUUAUUGCAUUGUACAGAUAUCCAUGUAUUAAAUGAAUAUUGAUCCGGGAUCAAAAUAUGAGCUCAGAAAGUGCAUUUAUGUAAAAAGCUUGUUCUAAUUAAACAGCAAUGUAUUUGCACCAUUAUAUGUAACGUAUUUAUACACUACAAUUUAUAUCCGAUAAAUAUUACAUGUAUUAAUCAUGUCAAAUGUCAGAGCAUGUAUUAAAUACAUGAAUCAUGAAUUAAAAAACAGUUUUUUGUACAUUUAAGGGAUUGUAU